UCGUCAGCCGACGAAAACGAGCCGCAAGUAUCACGGCGAAAAAUGAGCGAGAUUGAUUGAGACCAACGACGGUCUCUCCCUCAUACAUAUCUCGUGUGCCAUCUGUCUGCUUGCGAAAGACACACGGGGGCAAUGUGUUUAUCAGUGAAUCGAGCAAGAUUCGUCGUGUUUGAAGUGGGCCGAGUGACUCUAGCCCCGCCAAGACCUUGUGACCUUUCGUAGUUUGUGGUGACCUUCACUAGAGGUUGACCGUGGAGUUGCUUGCCUGUUCGCCACCUAUCUGCUCCUCGUCUCUCUCUUUCUUUUUAUUUUUCUAUUGUGAUACAUCGCACCGGCCGGAAGUUGCCAAAGGGACAGCAGGAUGUCAAGGGAACGUGUAGCAAGAAGAUUUUAUCGUAUGGACAGCAGUAAUGAUUUAUUUGAAUUUAUGGAUCGUGGAUAUUCAGCACAGCAUGAAAACCGAUGGAACUUUGAAGUUGCAUGGGAGGCUGCCAAUAAAGUUGGUGGUAUAUACACUGUAAUUAGGUCCAAAGCUUUUGUAUCAACAGAAGAAAUGGGAGACCAAUAUUGCCUUAUUGGCCCAUACAAAGAAGCCUCAGCACGUACUGAGGUUGAGGAGGCAGAGUUUCCACACAAUAGCCCACUGAAUCUAGCUGUACAAGUCUUACGUGAUCAAGGAUUUAAAGUGGUAACAGGAACCUGGCUAGUGGAUGGAAACCCACAGAUCAUUCUGUUUGAUAUUGGAAGUGCAGCGUGGAAAUUAGACGAGUAUAAGCAGGAAUUGUGGAACACCUGUAAUCUCGGUAUUCCUCACUUGGAUAUAGAAGCUAACGACUCUGUUAUUCUUGGUUAUCUCGUUUGUCAAUUUAUCUCAGAGUUCAGGCAAGCUGCUGAAGAAUACUCCGAUGUUCCUCCUCGUGUCGUCGUUCAUUGCCACGAGUGGCAAGCCGGUGUUGGUUUGAUCGCGUUAAGAACCAGACACGUAGACGUUGCUACAGUUUUCACCACGCACGCCACUCUUCUUGGAAGAUACCUAUGCGCGGGGAAGACUGAUUUCUACAAUAAUUUGGACACGUUCAACGUGGACGAAGAAGCAGGAAAGCGUCAAAUUUAUCACAGAUACUGCAUGGAACGUGCAGCCACGCACCUGGCGCACAUAUUCACAACUGUCUCAGACAUAACUGGCUUCGAAGCGGAGCAUUUGCUGAAACGUAAACCCGACAUCAUCACGCCGAACGGGCUCAACGUAAAAAAGUUCGCGGCACUUCAUGAAUUUCAAAAUUUGCACGCUGUUAGUAAAGAGAAGAUACACGAGUUCGUGAGGGGUCAUUUUUAUGGGCAUUACGAUUUCGAUCUGGAUAAAACUCUGUACUUCUUCAUCGCUGGACGUUACGAGUUUGGGAACAAAGGCGCCGAUAUAUUCAUCGAGGCCCUGGCUAGACUGAAUCAUUAUUUGAAAACGUCUAAACCUGACGUAACUGUCGUUGCUUUCCUCAUUUUUCCAGCGCGAACCAAUAAUUUCAAUGUGGAGUCGUUACGUGGUCAUGCUGUUACCAAGUCUUUACGAGACACAAUUAGCGACAUACAGCAGAAAAUUGGCAAGCGCAUGUAUGAACUGUGUCUUUCUGGUCGUAUGCCUGACGCACAGGAUCUCUUACAGAAGGAAGAUACUAUUAAAAUCAAACGAUGUUUAUAUGCUUUACAAAGAAAUGGAUUGCCUCCGGUUACCACGCAUAAUGUUGUAGAUGAUUGGAACGACCCGGUAUUAAACUCUAUCAGAAGAUGCAGUCUUUUCAAUACAGUUAAUGAUCGAGUAAAGAUAGUCUUUCAUCCAGAGUUCCUGUCGUCUACGAAUCCAUUAUUCGGUCUCGAUUACGAAGAUUUCGUUAGAGGAUGCCACUUAGGUGUUUUCCCGUCAUAUUACGAACCAUGGGGAUACACGCCUGCAGAAUGUACCGUUAUGGGUAUUCCUAGUAUAACCACGAACUUGUCUGGUUUCGGAUGCUUCAUGCAGGAACACAUAGCUGACCCGAUGAGUUAUGGCAUCUAUAUCGUGGACAGACGAUUCAUUGGCCUGGAGAGCAGUGUUCAACAGCUCGCUCAGUACAUGUUCGACUUCGCGCGAUUAAGUAGACGGCAACGUAUCAUUCAGAGAAAUCGUACGGAACGUCUCAGCGAUCUUCUUGACUGGAGAAACCUUGGCAUCUAUUAUCGCCAAGCCAGAAUCAAAGCGUUGACAACCGUUUAUCCAGAAUUGGCUUCAGAGUAUGCCGAAGGUGGUGUAGGGCGUUUCAAUUAUCCUAGACCUAUCAGCGAGCCACCGUCGCCUUCCUCCUCGAGGCACACCACUCCGGCUGCUUCGGUUCACGGUUCCGACGAGGAGGACGAGGUAGACGAGGAGAAGGAGUUGGAAGAAUUGCGUCAAACAGGUGGCAGAUAAAAUGGCAGAAGAAGAUGUGGAAUAACUAGUGUUACCGAUACUAGCAACCCAAUUGUGUAUAAUACGUGGAGACUUUGCGACACUAGUGCCAAUAAUUUGUUCAACACGGUCUUCCAUGAAGAGAAUCAGUCGAAUAAGUCCUAUACAUUUGUUCCUUUUACACGCCAUAUAUAAGAAACGAUAUCAUGACAAUAUAACAGUAUAUAUACAUAACAGUAUUUCCAUUACACGACAUUAUACAAAAUCAUUACGAACAAGUCUUCCACGAAUCAUACUCGCAAGCGAUGUUCCACUGAUCCGUAUAUGAGAUUGUUAAAUUUUUAAAACUUUUAAAACCUAUAUUUAAAUGUUACGCGUAUCUAUACACUUAGCGAGUGUUUCUAUUGUAUAGAGACGACUAUAUAUAUAUAUAUAUAUUUUUAUGAGGAAUUAGAACAAGAAUAAAAGUCUUUUUUUAACAUUUUUUAGUCAUCGAGUACUCGGAAUGAUAUCAAACGGUUUGCCUCAAUGAUUCUCAAUGUUUUCUGAAAAAUAAAAUUUUUCCAACGUUUUUAUGUUAUUAUUUUAACCGGUUUUCCACUUUUUUUUUUUUUUUUUGACACGAACACUAAUAUACCUUCAGUUUGUAAGAAUUGUUAUAUUAUUAAUUAUCAACAUAAUAUACAAAACAAAGUGCUAAAAAGUUACAUUCUUUCACAACGGAAAAAAAUCAUUAUUACAUUUGGCAUCCGCGGUUUACCAAACUGUCUUGCUUUCUACGGAAAAGCUUUAAAAUAAAUAUAUACAUAUUAAGAAACGAGCAACGCAUUACAUAACAGUAUACCUCUUAAUGCAACAAAUAUAACAGUACCGCAAAGCCGUCGGUCGUCUCUGCGAUCAAUUAAAAGUACUUUGAAAUGUCUUUGAUGAUUAUUACACUGAAGAAAGUGAAAUUUUGGAAUGGAAUUCUCAUUACCACCGUUAAAGCUGGGUAAAUACACGAAGAGAUUUAUACGAGACGAGAUUCAAAACACGUUUACCACCAUUCACUUUACCGCUUUCAUGACUUACACGCUAACGUUCAUGUAUUACAAAAAUGCUGACACAUCGAAUAUAAAAUAUUCUAGUUUUCCUAUGAUACACAAUGAUAUAUCAAUAUACGACGAUCAACACUUUCUCCGUCGAAGCUACCGAUCUUGUGAAACGAUGAAAAACGAUCUACCGCGGCAGGCAGUUUUAAUUUCUAAACGCUAAAACAAGCGGACGACUCUCGGCGUAAAUAGAUUUCUCGUUUGCAAAAUGACGAUUAAUCUCGACAUCGGAUAACAUGAUUCCUCAACACGACUGGCGAAGGUGUUGAUCCGUAUCAUUCAAGAAUAAUAGUCACCAUCGUAAAAAGUUGUUUCUCACGCUAGCAAAAAUUACACGAUCAAAGAAAAUACAAUGAAUAAUACGGUAAAAAAUUUUUGACGAAAAAAAAAAAAAAAAGAAAGAGAAGCAAAACUGAAUUGCGAUUAGUUUCUUUUUUUUUUUUUUUAAUCACCACAUAAAUUACGUAAUCAAGUGAAAACAACUUUAGGCCUAUGUCCCCCGUGAAUGAUACUGAAGAUAUGUUACGCAUUCAUCGACGAGGAAAUGAACGACACGAUACGCUCUAAAAAAAGAGAAGCAAUAAAACUCAUUCUCGCACGAGUGUACGUGUGAGCGAUACCGGUUAAACCUAAAUGGCACAGUUUUUAUACAUUACAUAUACAACGUGAAAACUUUACAUAACGAACAAAUUGUAAUUACAAUUUAUUAAACGGAGAAACGAGUCGCGCGUUUUCUAAUAAAUGUUAAAAUUGUUAAUAAUAA